GAAGAGGUAACCUUUCAAGAUUGGCAGGACCCUGGCCGACGCAUCAGAAAGGCUGGCUUUGCUAAAAUUGAAGGGGCCCGUCGUCAGGCCAGAAGAUAUGGUUUCAAAUGGCUGUGGGUCGACACGAACUGCAUCGACAAAAGCAGCUCGGCUGAACUUAGCGAGGCCAUAAAUUCCAUGUACGUUUGGUACUAAAGAGCGGGGAUCUGUUUUGCUUACCUCGAGGAUAUCGUUAUAGCCGGUACCGAAGAGGCCCGUUUGAUGAAUCCACUAGGUUCCAGCCGUUGGUUCACACGGGGAUGGACUCUGCAGGAGCUCCUCGCCCCUCAGAACGUCCACUUCUAUGACUAGAAUUGGAACCGGAUCGGCAGCCGAAACAACGCUCUUGUGGAGCAGAUCGAAGCGACUACAGGGAUCGAAAGUGAAUACCUCAUCGGAAAGAUCGCGGUAAAGAGUGCCAGCAUUGCGAAAAAAAUGUGCUGGGUCUCGAGGCGAACAACGACUAGAGAGGAAGACAUGGCUUACUGCAUGCUGGGUCUCUUCGACAUCAAUAUGCCACUGCUUUAUGGAGAGGGUGCCAAGGCGUUUGUCAGGCUUCAGGAGGAGAUCAUCAAGGUGUCCACCGAUCACACACUAUUCUGUUGGCAGUGGCAACCAUCAACACCACGUGACUGGGCCAACCUUUUGGCUCCAUGUCCGAGCGCUUUCAUACACUCGCGGCGAGUAGUACAGAUGACGACACAAUUGCCUCUAUAUGGGACAAACUACCUGUACUUUACACUUGGAGCGGAUACCUAGUUGCCUUGGAAGCCAUCCCUAAUCGUGAAACCGAUACUGUAUAUAACUCAUAGUAUUGGCUGCUGCUGUACGGCGAUCAAAGGGCUGACUAGCUUUACCUUCAGCGACAAGCUGUUCCAGUGGGCCCAGUCAUCCUCGACUACAGCUUGGAACAGUUUGCCAGUCGCAGGUCAAUUAUCGUCCGAAAGGAAAAGAAUAAAGAGACUUUAACGAACUCAAUUUCUUGGGGUCUUACGCUAGAAGACUCGUAACAGUAAAAUAACAAAUUGCUUGGCUGUUUCUUUAUUUUCGACUCUACUAAAUUACGGAAUAGAUGGCUCC